UUGUAAGUCAUCUUUCCGUCUAAUUAUUUCUCUUUUUUUUUUAAAGUAAAAUUAAAUAAUUAAGUUGAUAAACCCUUAAAUAACACUAAUUAAUUUUUCCGUUGAAAAUGUUUUCCGAGAUUGGAUGCAGUCAAUUCCGAAGUCAUUUCUCAAGUACCUUAGAGAAGAUGAUAAAAAAGAGGGUGAUGAAAAGAUUGCUAUUUUAAGAAACUAUAAAGUUGAUGAUUAUUUAUGGAUAGUGAAAGUUGGUUAUUUUGAUGAUCAUAAGCUUCAUUUUAAAGAAGGAUGGAACAAAUUUUGUAAUGACCAUGGUUUGCAUGUUGGUGAUUUCUUGGUAUUUCAACAUCAUCAAAACUUGGUUUUUGACGUUUUCGUGUUUGAUCCUACUGCUUGCGAGCGUCCAUUUCCUGGUUUGAAUCAUUUAACGUCUACAAAAAAUGUGGGAUCUUCUAGCUCAAACAUUCCAUUAAAAGAGGAAGAGGAUUUUUCCAAGCCUAAUGGGAAAGGGUUGAAAAGGACGAAUAGAGACCGCCACAAAGUUAAUCCAGGGUCGUCAAAGAUUGGAUUUAAAUCAAGGGGAUAUCCUCAUUUCCAUACCACUGUGAAAUUAUACUGGUUGAAGAGGGGAGGAAUGCAUAUCCCGCUGAAGUUUGCGAGGGAAAACAACAUAGCAAAUAGAAAGUGUAACAUGAUAGUAAUAGAUGAACAAGGAGACGAAUGGGUAGUUCCAUUGAGGCAGCAUAAGCGGGGUAAUUCUGUUUAUAUCGGAAAGUUGCGCGAUUUUUACGUUGCUAAUGAUCUCAAACCUGGUCAACCUGUCGUCUUUGAGCUUAUUGCCUCUGCAAAUUCUCCUAAAUUUAUUUUCUAUAAGAACUCGAGUUGAUGUUAGCUAGCUAGCUAGUGUAAUUAAUGGAGCUUAUUUUACAGAAUUGAGUGGAUCAAUUAACUCCUUUUGCAUGUCAUUAAUUAUGAUAUGAUGAUGGUGAUAUUUUGCAUGACUUAUCAACUCUGGAUCCAUAUCAUCAAUGCAGACUACUUCGUAUUAAUUUCAUUUUGCAAAGUGCACAACUAUAUAUUUAAGGGAUCCAAGCUCAAUCACCUUUUGUCAAGAUAGUUUUUGUUUGUUAAAAUUUGUACUCGUGUGAAUUGAAAUUCUCUUAAAGCAAGUAUGUUACUCCAAUAUCAAGAUUAGCGCUGGUGUGAGCGACUAAGCUUAAAUUUCUUUAGGCGCGUUACCCAACAAUUAGA